AUGUGGUCUUGUAUAACGGACUUCUUCACCUAUGAAACCACCAAGUCGGUGGUGGUGAAGAGCUGGACCAUCGGCAUCAUCAACCGAGUUGUCCAACUCCUCAUCAUCACUUACUUUAUUGGGUGGGUCUUUGUCUAUGAGAAGGCCUACCAAGUGAGAGACACAGCUAUUGAAUCCUCGGUGAUGACCAAGGUCAAAGGUUUUGGAAUUUACAAUGACAAGGUGAUGGAUGUUGCAGACUACGUUACUCCUACACAGGGAGCUUCAGUCUUCUGCAUCAUCACCAAACUGAUCACCACAGACAACCAGGUCCAAGGAUACUGCCCCGAGAGUGAGAAGAAGUAUUCCUGUACCCAGGACACCGACUGCACCAGACACCUCAAUAAACCAGGGAGUUACGGUAUUCUCACAGGGAAGUGUGUUCCUUUCAAUGCCACCGUCAAGAUGUGUCAGAUAAAAGGAUGGUGUCCUGCGGAGAUAGAUACCAUCAAGACUACACCAAUGAUGGAAGUGGAGAAUUUCACCAUUUUCAUCAAGAACAGCAUCCGCUUCCCAACUUUCAACUACACCAAAGGGAACUUCCUUCCGACAAUCACUGGUGAUUACAUCCAAAAAUGUAACUUUGACAUGAUCAACAACACCUACUGCCCCAUCUUCAGAGUGGGAGACGUGGUCCGCUACGCGCAGCAGAACUUCACUAAACUGGCAGACAAGGGAGGAGUGAUUGGAAUAAAGAUUGGCUGGAUGUGUGAUCUGGACAAGUCAGAUGACCAGUGCAACCCCUCCUACUCAUUCACCCGAUUGGAUGCCAUGUCGCAGAAGAACGCUGUCUCACCGGGAUACAAUUUCAGGUUUGCCAAAUACUAUAAGAUGGAAAACGGGACGGACUACCGUACUCUGGUCAAAGCCUAUGCUAUUAGGUUUGAUGUUCUGGUCAAUGGAAAUGCAGGCAAGUUCAACAUGAUCCCCACACUCAUCAACAUGGUGGCAGCCUUCACAUCAGUGGGAGUGGGAACGGUGCUGUGUGACAUCAUACUUUUGAACUUCCUGAAAGGAGCGGAGCAGUACAAGGCCAAGAAAUUUGAAGAGGUGUCGGACAGUCCACUGGAAUCCCAAAGCAACAGGUUUUACCGCUCCCAGCUGUCACUCAGACAUAACGAGACCAUCAUGAGGUCCAAUGACUCAGGUGCUUUUUCUAUUGAGCAUUACAGCUAAAUUGACUGGGUGGGAGGAACAGCCUGUGGCCAGUGGUUGGGUUUCUCUCAAAAUGUCAGAGUUCUCAGUUUGAUCAAUUUCAC